AUUUUCAGUAAGUUUCGUUCAGUGUGUUAUCAGAACUUCGUUGUGCGGUUGUGUGUGAGCUGUGACUUACGAUGAAGGCUAACGAAGAAGCUAUAAGCCUGGACGCCGCGUUGGAAAAAGCUGGUAAUGGCCUCUACAACACCCUGCUGGUGGCAACAUGUGGACUCAUCAUGUUAGGAAUUGGAAUCGACAUGUUUGGGUUUAGCCUGGUGGUGGCUGCCGCCUGUGACCUUAAUCUAAAUGUUACGCAAAAGGGGAUACUGACGUCACUGCCUCUGAUUGGUAUUUUGGUGGCAUCGUACCCCUGGGGCUACAUUUCUGACACUAAAGGCAGACGAUAUUCUUUAAUCAUAUCAGUACUUGUUGGCUCUUUACUGUCAUCACUGUCGAGUCUUGCGAGCAACUGGAUCGUACUCGGGCUGAUAAAGUUCCUCUCUGUGUGUUUUUCUUGUGCUGCAAACUCUGUGACGUACACUUUGUUGGGAGAGUCUUGUGUCCAGAGUGUUAGAGGCAAAUUUAUGUUGAUUAUAACGUGUCUGAUCGUACUGUCCCCAGCGGCAGGAGCCUUGCUUACGUACCCCACGCUGCUUCUAAACUUUAAAAUUGACAUUCCGUUCCUGAGUCUCACAUUUACACCAUGGAGACUGUUAAUCAUAGUGCUGGCACUACCAGCUGGAUUAGGCGGUAUCGCCAUCUGCUUCUUCUGUGAAUCUCCCAAGUUCCUGGCAAACUAUGGCAGAGAAGAUGAAGCUGUAGAAGUAUUGAAGACUAUUCACAGAAUCAAUCACAGAGGAUCCCAAGAGACACUUAAGUUAUCAUCGCUGGUGCUUGAGGGUUCAGGAAAUGGGAAGCAUCAGUCUCUAUGGCAGUCACUGCGUGAACAGACUGCGCCGCUGUUUCGACCGCCUAUGCUGUGGAGGACACUGCAGCUCUACUAUAUCGUCUUCGUAGUCUAUAUCACUAAUAAUAGUUUCCUGAUGUGGUUACCAUUUCUAUUGAACUUAGUUAUUCAAAACCUUUCAACCUCUGGCGAAUAUAGCAGUUUCUGCCAUCUGAUAUCUUUGAGUGAAGACAUCCCUAGUGAAACCAGUUUCAGUAAUUCUACAGACGUUCCUAUUUGUGAUGCCAAUGUCGAAGACAACGUUAUAAUCACGCUAGUAGUAUCUCAGUCAAUAUUUGCUUUCCUAAUUAUCGUUAUUUCAUACCUCAUGAAGUGGAGACGGAUUCUUUUGCUGACGAUCCUUGUUAUCGCUGCUUUGGGUGGUUUCUUGAUCAACCUGAUGCCCGAACCAGUAUCAAGUGUUGUGGCCCUCAUGGUGUUUACGGGUACGAACCUUGGGAUGGGCAUUUUGGCGUCAUAUUUUGUGGACUUGUACCCUACUUCCUGCAGAGGAAUGGUGACAUGUCUUAGUAUGAUGGUGGCCAGGACUAGUGCAUUCAUUGGAAUCAAUAUGGUCUCGACCUUAUUAUUCAAUUACUGCGCGAUCACCUUCAACGCGUGGUCGCUACUCGUUGUUAGUAGCAUUAUAGCAUCCUGGUUCCUGCCAGCAGAUGGAACUAAGCAAAUUCCAGAAUAGAUAAUAAUAGACGGUUAAGUUUGAGAUGUAAUAUAAUUCGAAUGUAAAAAAAUAUUAUAAUUAAUCUUGAUAUUAAAAAAAUAAAAGCAAUUAAUGUUAAAUUAUUGUUAAAUAAAAAAUUAAUAAUAAUUCAUUUAGGGAAAAAUCGUAGUAUAAUGUAUAAUGUAAAAUUAACUGUAUGAGUAACAGUGUUUGUGUAAAUAUGUAAUGAAAAAAAAGUGUGUGUGUACUUAUGUAUGCACGCAAGAAGUUAUACUUCUUUGGCCCAACGAAGAAAAAAUCUUUCAAUUGAUUUAUUCCUCGUGCUAUUCCACGUUUUUAGGAUGAACAAUAUUGUAAAAAUCUUGCAAAGAUAGCUUUGACAAUUAAUUAUUAAAUAAUGAAAACAACUGUAUGGGCUUUAACCCUUUGCCUAUCCUAAUAAUGGACGAAUAAAACCAAAAAAAAAAAAAACAAAUGUCGCAAACGUCAGAAAAUUUUAGGAACCAACUUCACCCUGUUAUUUUGUGUGAUGCGCGCGCAUCUUAAAAUUUUACUGUCAUCAUUUUUUCAUAACGUGCCUAAAGAAAUAUAGUUUCAAUAGUGAAUUUGUAAAUUAGGUAGCCUCGGCACCAAAAAGAUUAUUGUUACAGUGAUAAUUUAAGCGAUGCCAAAGAUAUAUAUAAUAAUAAUAGUACAAUCUAUAUAUAAUAAUAGUACAAUCGGUGUACAGAGCCAACUCGAAAUUAACCAUUAAAAUAUUGCUACUAUUUGUAAAAUUUUGUAGCAAAACUUACUGUAGCAACAUUGCAAAUGUACCUGCAUUGAACUAUAAUUUAAUAGUUAUAUAAUAGUAUUAUUAAUUAGUUUGAUAAUUAUAUAUGUAAAUUAUUUACCUUAAUGACAUUGAAUUUGUUAACGUGAUGACAUGGGUACUAAGUGGAUUAUUUAAUUACUUACGUCUUAUAACAUAAUAUCUUUAAAUUUUAAUUUUAGAAAUAUGUAUAAAUGAUAGCAUUGUGAAAUCCGACAUGCUUCAGUAUACCAAUAAUGUGUUGGUAUUUAGACAAUUUUAUAACCUACUAGCUGACCCAGCAAACGUUGUUUUGCCAUAUAAAGUAUAAUUCACGCGAUAGUUUUAUAAGUAAUAAAAUAUUGCCUAUAUAUAUAUUGUACAUCAUUUUGUUCUAUUGUCAAUAGUUUUUGCAGCGCACGCAAAAAUAGGUUUUCGAUUUUACACCUUGUGUUACAAAAUAGCAAUUUUAUUACGGAUCCCUAAUUUUGAAAAAAAAAACAUAGCCUAUAGCCUUCCUCGAUAAAUGGACUACCCAACACUGAAAGAAUCAUUCAAAUCGGACCAGUAGUACCAGAGAUUAGCGCGUUCAAACAAACAAACAAA